ACAGCGCACGCGCAUCUCCUCAACGACCCAGGAUCUCUUGAAGAAGCUGGUCCCUUUUCGGUCCCUCCCAGUGAUGGUGGGGAGCUGUUAGCUUCGCCAGCAGCUGUAGAGCAGCGGGGGUGGCCCAUGGACCUGCCAGAGAGCCAGGCGGGUGGCCCCGCUGCUGAAAGGUACCUCUGGGACCAGCCAGAGGAGGGGAGCCUGGGGACGCAGCUCAGCUUAGAGGAACAAAUACUCAACUCCACGUUUGAAGCUUGUGACCCCCAGAGGACAGGCACUGUGGCUGUGACCCAUGUACUAGCCUACCUGGAGGCUGUGACGGGACGGGGCCCCCAGGAUGCACGCCUCCAAACGCUGGCCUGCAGCCUGGACCCCAAUGGGGAGGGCCCUCAGGCCACUGUGGACUUGGACAGCUUCCUGGUCAUCAUGCGGGACUGGAUUGCUGCCUGUCAGCUGGAUGGGGGAUUAGAGCUGGAAGAGGAGACCGCCUUUGAGGGAACCCUGACCUCCCAGCAACUGCCAUCUGGACGCUCAGAAGCUGAGGAUCCAGCCAACCUGGAGAGCUUCGGAGGCGAAGACCCCAGACCUGAGUUGCCCGCCACAGCUGACCUGCUGAGCAGCCUGGAGGACUUGGAGCUCAGCAACCGCCGGCUGGCCGGGGAGAACGCCAAACUGCAGCGCAGUGUGGAGACGGCCGAGGAGGGUUCCCUGCGCCUCGGGGAGGAGAUUUUGGCUUUGCGCAAGCAGCUCCGCAGUACCCAACAGGCUCUGCAGUUUGCCAAGGCCGUGGAUGAGGAACUGGAGGACCUGAAGACUCUGGCCAAGAGCCUGGAGGAACAGAAUCGCGGCCUUCUGGCCCAAGCCCGGCAGACGGAAAAGGAGCAGCAGCAGCUGGUGGCUGAGAUAGAGAGUCUGCAGGAGGAGAACGGGAAGCUGCUGGCCGAGAGGGAUGGAGUGAAGAGGAGGAAUGCGGAGCUGGCCACGGAGAAAGAUGCUUUGAAGCGGCAGCUCUACGAGUGUGAACGCCUCAUUUGCCAGCGAGACGCCAUCCUCUCCGAGCGCACUCGCCACGCGGAGAGUCUGGCCAAGACCUUGGAGGAGUACAGAACCACAACCCAGGAACUGAGGCUGGAAAUCUCACACCUGGAGGAGCAGCUGAGUCAGACCCAUGAGGGGCUGGAUGAGCUACCCGAAGGGGCUCAGGUGAGGAGAGUGGACUGGACCAAGCUGCCACCACCAUCACUGGGUGUGGAGAUCCAGGCCAUUCAGCAGAAACAGGAAGUGGCAGCCGCCGAUCUCUCCAACCCUUUGUGUGGCGUGUGGCAGUGGGAGGAGGUCAUCAGUGAGACCAGUGAGGAAGCUGAGUUUCCACCUGAAGCCCCAACUGGGGCGCAGAGAAACUUCCAGGGAGAGCCUGCGUACCCUCAUGAAGGAAGGAAGGAGCGAUCAAUGUGGUUGCCCAGAAGAGAGGAAGAAGAGGAAGCAGAGAUCCGGGUCACGGUGGAUCUCCCCAUCCUUCUGGGAGACUCACACCCUGGAGACAUCCCAGGAAGCCCUCCUGAGAGGCCCUCAGAGCCAGAGCUGCAGCAAGCCCCGGUGCCGGUGGUGAAGGAGCUGGUCCCAGUCAGGAGGCCAGUCUGGGGCCACCUCUGCCUGCGCCCCCUGCGCCCCCAGCAGCUCAGAGUCGCUCGGCACCCGCCGAUCCCGGCGCCGGUCCUAGGCCUGCUGCUGCUGCUGCUGCUGCUGCUCUCGGUCCGGCUGCUGGGCCUUUCCCCACCCCCCACCCGGCCCCACCUCCAGCUCUGCUACCUGCAGCCGCCUCCGGUGUGAGGCACGCUUCCCGCCGCCUCCGAGCGGCAUCUAGUUCAGUGACUUACCUGGGGCUCUUUUUACUGUUAAUCUGCCACGGGGGUGCCACUGUGAUUUGGGAUUAUCCCACUGCCGGGACCCCAGAUACAGUGCUCCAGGGUCCACAGCCCUGUAUUGGCAUUUUAUGUGAAGUCUCUUGGUUUUUUAACGUUGGCGGCUACAUUUCUUAACAAUAGCAAAACACAGCCAAUAAUGGAUUAAGCACUGGGGGUUAUAUUUCCCUCACAAAACACGUCUGGAGGAGGGCAGUUGUGGACCCACAGCUCAGUCUCCAUAGCACCAGGACCAGCGUGCUGUGAUUCUCUGUGACUCUCUUGGCCCUUCCCCUGUGCUCAGGAGAUGGCAGGUGUUGUAGCUUCAUACAUCAUAUCUGCAGGGAGAAGGGGACGCGUCUCUUCCUUUUUAUAAAGAAAAGCAAUAGCCUUCCCAGAGCCAGCAGCAGACUCUGUCUUGUCGGUCAGAACUGUUUGGCGUGACCACCCCUAGCUGCAAGGGCAACUCGGAGAGCAAGCAUCUCUCCUGGCAGAAAGAGGGAGAACAGGAUGUGGGCCAGGCACACACGUAGAUGUCACCAACGGCCAGCGGGCAAAGGUGUGCCAUUUGUUCAUUCAGCAAACGCUUAGCGAUCAUCCAUUUGCCAUGGCUAGACCUUAGAAGACAGAAAAAUAGACCCUCCAAUGCCAGGCUGAGGAGCAUUGAUUUUUCUCCUGAGGAUGAUGGGAGUUUGGGGAACAUUUAAUUACUUGUUUUUGGUUAUUUACUUUGUAAUUGAGGUAUAACCUACAUACAGUGAUAAAUGGACAAAUCUCAAGUAUCAGCUGGAUAAAUUAUUGCACAUGUAAACAUCCAUGAAACCAAAACCCAGGUCAAGAUAUAGAACAGUUUCAGCACUGUAGAGGCUUCCUUGGGAGAGCUUUGAGCAAGGCAGGACAGUGAUAGAGGUAGCUACAGGCUCUGUGAGAGCUCAGGAAAAGCACCUAACCCAGCCUGGGAGGUUAGAGAUUUCUUCCCAAAUAGGUGACAUCUGCAUUUAGUCUUGAAAGAUGGGUAAGGUUGGUUAUAGUAAACAG